GACGGAAAGGCAGCCAUGGAAGAGCAGCACCAGCCAGAAAUUCCUAUGGAGGUGGAAUCGUCUAGACAGUUUUUCAGAAAGGCCCAACGUGAUUCUCUGAAUCAGAAAUGUAAUGACCCAGAGAAGAGGAAGGACAAAAGCUCAUAUCCUUUGAGAACAUAUGAAAACAGAGUUAAAAGCAAAGCUUACCAUACUGUCCUGAUGCAGCCACAAGAUCCAGGGAGAUGGGAGACCUCAUUCCCAGAAGCAGAACAAGCUGGAUCGGAGUCUGGGCAGGAUCUGGUUUUCAAAGAAAUCCAGGAGGAUGGCCACUAUGCUUUGAUUGCAGGAGAUGGGAAGGCAGCCGUGGAACAGCAUCACCAGCCCGAAGUUUCUAUGGAGGUGCGUGACCCAGAGAAGAAGAUGGACAAAGGCUCAAAUUCUUUGAGAACAUAUGAUAACACAGUUAAAAACAAAGGCUUCCAAACCAUCCUGAUGCAGCCGCAAGAUCUUGAGAGAUGGGAGCCCCCGAUGUGCAGAACAUUUGAGAAGAGAUCGGCCAAGUUCCCAGAAGCGGAGAAGACUAGAUCAGUGCCUGGGCAGGAGCUGCUUUUCAAAGAAAUCACGCAGGACAACCACUGCGUGUUGAUUGGGGAAGACGGGAAGGCAGCCGUGGAAGAGCAGCCCCAGCCAGAAAUUUCUGUGCAGGUGGAAUCGUCUAGGCAGUUGUGCAGAGAGGCCCAGCGUGGUGGCGAGAUUUCUCAGAGUCAACCAAUUCAUGACCCAGAGAAAAGGACGGACAAAGGCUCAAAUUCUUUGAGAACGUAUGAGAAGAGAGGGAAAGGCAAAGCCUUCCAAACCGUCCUGAUGCAGACGCAAGAUCCCAGGAGAUGGGAGCCCCCGAUGGGCAGGAGUGUCAAUGAUGAGUCGGUCCAGUUCCCAGAAGUAGAGCAGGCGAGAUUGGAGUCUGGGCAGGAGCCACUUUUGAAGAAAAUCAAGCAGGAGGAUGACUGUAUCUUGAUUGCAGACGAUGGAAAGGCAGCCAUGGAAGAGCAGCACCAGCCAGAAAUUCCUAUGGAGGCGGAAUCCUCGAGGCGGUUGUUCAGAGAGGCCCAAUGUGGUGGCGAGGUUUCUCUCAGCCCGAAAUUUAAUGACCCAGAGAAGAGGAAGGACAGAAGUUCACGUUUGUUGAGAAGCCAUGAGAAGAAAAUCAACAGCAAAGCCUUUCAGACAGUCCUGUUACAGUCGCAAGGCCCUGGGAGGUGGGAGGUCCCGAUGGGCAGGAGGGUCAAUGAAGAAUCGGUCCUGUUCCCAGAAGCAGGACAGGCUGGAUCAGAGUCUGGGCAGGAGGUGCUUCUCAGAAAAAUCAAGCAGGAGAAUGACUGUAUCUUGAUUGGUAAGGACCCCCGUAUUCCUUAUCCCAUGGGUAGGCAGUGUCCCAAACGCUGGGGGCUACACACACCCCUGGACCCUGGCCAGCCACUCCUGUGACCGCCGGCUCCAAAA